AAUGCAGUGGUCGAAGUCGACGUUAACGUUCUAGGCAUAUGUUCCCUAUAUUGAAAGAGGUCAUAAAAUGCUGGCAUAAGGCAUGAUUGUGCACACAAUUUCUCUCAAUUUAAUUUAUUUGCAAAUAUUUGAAUCUACUUCCUUGUCCGGCUAAUGUCCCUGCACCAGUCGGAUUCGUUCUCUAUACUGCCAAUCUUACUGUACUGUACUUCAAGGGGUUGGGCUCUAGCUAUCCGCUUUCUUUUCUGUGCAUUUGUUUUGAUCUAAAUAACGUUAGGUGAAUUAUACCGCUACCGCAAAUCCAUCGAUGUGAAGUAUAAACAGACACAAGUAGCCCUAAAAAAAAUGAGCCCAACACAGUGGGACCUGCCCCCGGAGCUGUGCUGCCGGCCCAUGGCCUUCGUGGCACUGACUGGUCUGGACGUGGUGUACAACGCUAUCCACAGGGCCAUCUGGGACGCUUUCUGCGCCAACAGGAGGGCAGACAGGGUGCCUAUUUCAUUCAAGGUGCUCCCUGGAGACCACGAAUACCCAAAGUGCAGGACUAAGAGGACAUCCUACGAGUGGUAUAUCCCCAAAGGGAUCCUGAAGACGGGAUGGAUGAACAAACACCUGAACCUGGUGCCCGCUCUGGUGGUUCUGUUCUACGAGCUGGACUGGGAUGAGCCGCAGUGGAAGGAGAAGCAGUCCGAGUGUGCCACCAAGGUGGAAAUCGUCAGGACAAGUUUACAAGGAAGAAACACAAAAGUUGCAGUGGUUUUAAUUCAGAAAAAGACACCUCUUCCUCCAGGGGAGGAUGUUGUGGCGUCUGAGAGGGCUGCUGCUCUGUGUAAUGCGUGUGACCUCUCGGGGAAGUCCCUGUUCGUUCUCCCCCACACCGACCACCUCGUCGGCUACAUCAUCAGGCUGGAGAACGCGUUCUACGAACACGCGCAGACCUACUACUACACAGAAAUACGGAGGGUAAAAUCACACAAAGAGUUCCUCAACAAAACAACACACCAGUUGCUGUUUGUAAGGCACCAGUUCAAGAUUGCAUUCUUCAGUGAAUUAAAGCAGGACACUCAGAAUGCACUGAAAUACUACAGGACUGCCUACACCCUUGUACAUGAGCUGAGGGCCCAUGAGACCAACAUGCUAGAGAUCAAGACCAUGGCUGGGUUCAUCAACUACAAGAUUUGCCGGCUGUGUUUCCAACACAACACGCCCCUGGACGCCAUCGCCCAGUUCAGGAAGCACAUCGACCUGUGCAAGAAGAAGAUCGGGAGUGCCGAGCUGGCCUUCGAGCACACGGCCUGGAUGUCCAAACAGUUUCAGUCCUUUGGGGACCUGUUUGACGAAGCCAUCAAGCUGGGUCUAACAGCCAUACAGACACAGAACCCAGGCUUCUACUACCAGCAGGGGGCGUACUAUGCCCAGGAGAGGAAGCAGCAGGCUGCCCACCUGUGUGGGCAUGAGCCAAGUGUGGGAUAUCCAGCCCCAGAUCCCCUGGAAACCCCCACCGGAGCCCUGGACUUCUACGGCCAGCGAGCCUGGAGACAAGGACACCAGAGCAUUGACCCCCCUGACCCAGAGAAAGAGAAGAACGGAAUCCUGGCCCUCCAAGUGAAGGAGAGGGAGGUCCCACACUCGGAGCUGAUCAUCGCACUGCUCAGUAACGCCGUGGCCCAGUUCAAGAAGUACAAGUGUCCUCGCAUGAAGAGCCACCUGAUGGUCCAGAUGGGGGAGGAGUACUACCAUGCGAAAGACUACACCAAGGCUUUAAAACUGCUGGACUACGUAAUGUGUGACUACCGUACGGAGCGAUGGUGGACCCUGCUCACCUCCAUCCUCGGCACGGCCCUGAAGUGCUCCUACCUGAUGGCCCAGGUGAAGGACUACCUCACCUACGCCAUGGAGCUGGUGGGCAGAGCUUCCACUCUGCGGGAUGACCAGAAAUCCAGAAUUGAGAAAAACCUGAUAAAAGUGCUGAUGAACGAGGUUCCCGAGGCGGAGCCUGACUGCGAUGCGAGCGCGGUCAAAGCGGCUCACAGCCUGUGGAGCGACCGCGUGGCUCUGGCCGGCAGUAACGCCUUCACCAUCGAGGUGCAGCACUACGUGCCCUUCAUUCAGUGCAAAGCCAAGUUCCUGUCUCCCAGCUUCCACGUGGAUAACCCCGUGGAGCUGCACGUGUACCUGCGGGCCGACUGCCCCCACCCCGUCCGCUUCUCCAAGCUCUGCGUCAGCCUCAGCAACCAGGAGUAUAACCAGUACUGUGUGGUGGAGGGCCCUGGUCUGGAGCCCUCGGCACAAGAGAACAUGUGUCUGAUCCCCGGAAAGACGCGGAAAUAUGCCUUCAAAUUUGUGGCCCAGACAGAGGACGUGGGCAAGAAGAUCGAGAUCACCGGGGUGGACCUGAUGCUGGGAAACGAAAGCGGACGCUGUGUCUUCCUGAACUGGCGCGGGGGAGGGGGCGACGCGGCCUCUACCCAUGAGGCUCUGCAGGCCACGCGCUCCUUCAAGAGGCGGGGCCGUCUCCCGGAGCAACACGUUGCCUGGGAGACUGUGUCCAUCCAGGCCAGCACCAUGAUAAUCUCUCGGGUGCCCAGGAUGUCCGUUCAGCUCCACCAUGAACCCCCUGCGCUGAACAACGAGAUUUACUGCAUGAAGGUCACCAUCCAGUCACAGGAGGAUGCGCUGGUCAGAGACGUCAAGCUAACCGCCGGGCUGAAACCAGGUCAGGAUGCUAACCUGACGCAGACGACCCACGUCACUCUGACCAGCUCUGAAAUGAGCGAGGACUCUCACCCCGCGCUCUUACCAGACAUCUCCGUGGGAGACCUGCAGCCGGGACAGAGGGUGGAAAAGCCCCUUUACAUCCGCUGCCUCUCAACUGGAUCCCGAAUCUUCCUGUUUCACGUGGCCUAUGCUGUGACUACCACUGUGGAGAACAAGGAGAUCCUCUGCAAGUGUCACAAAGAUGAAACGGUCACCAUUGAAACCGUCAUUCCUUUCGAAGUUGCUGUGAAGUUUGUGUCCACAAAAUUUGAGCACCUGGACCGGGUGUACGUGGACAUCCCCUUCCUGCUGAUGACCGACAUCCUGAGUGCGUCCCCCUGGCCCGUUCACCUGAUCAGCAGCCAGCUCCAGCUGGCUCCCACCAUGGCCGCGCUGGACCAGCCUCAGUCCCAGGUGGAGCGGGUUGUCCUGGAGACGGGCGAAUGUGCCAGCGAGUGCUUCUCUCUCCGCUGCCCCCCCAUUCUCAACGGGACGAGCAGCGUGGCGUCGGGGCAGUAUGUCAUUUCCUGGAAGCGGAAGUCCACUUGUGAGGAUGUUCCGGUCGUUCACACAGUGGUUAAUCUCCCACACGUGCUAGUCGAGACCAUUCCGUUAUACGUACACGCAGAGCUGCCUUCAUUCGGUCGAGUGCGAGAGUCUCUGCCUGUGAAAUACCACAUUCACAACCGCACCAGUCUGGUGCAGGAUGUUGAGAUGUCUGUGGAGCCUAGUGACGCCUUCAUGUUCUCUGGACUUAAACAGGUGCGUUUGCGGAUUCUCCCCGGUGCGGAACAGGAGAUGCUGUAUAACUUUUACCCGCUGAUGGCAGGAUACCAGAGCCUGCCCUCUCUCAACAUCAACCUGCUGCGCUUCCCCGGCGUCAGCAGCCAGCUGCUGCGCCGCUGCCUCCCCUCCCGCAUCUUCGUGAAGCCACAGGGUCGACAAGACGAGGCGUCCAUCGCUGCUGCUUAGACAUUUAACAAACAUAAACACAUGAAGUGAUCCAAGCCUUUUGGCAGCAACCUUGUACAAAACCACAUUAACUGUUAUCAGCUUUCCAUAAAUCUUGAAAUUUAAUGUUUCAGGUGUGUGAUGUACUGUGAAUUAAAUUCCUUUUCAAUCAUAUUCUGUGAUUGUUACAUGUAUUAACUAGGUUUCAGUAACAUUGAAAGACUUUAUAAGACUGUACUAUACUACAUGUGCAAGUGUAGACACAAAUUCAGAACAUUUUCUGACCAUUCUUAUGAAAUAAAAUUAUUUCUGCAUGAGAA